CGAGUUUAAAACACGUCUACUAAGAAAAGGUUUGCACACUGUUGAAUACUGGGCCUUUUUUGCACCCAAUUUCUCAAUUUCUUCCUAUAAAUACCUCAGUUUCUUCAUUCCUUCUCUAACAAACUAAACAUUGAGUAAAUUUGACUCAAUAUCACCUUUUGUUCCUAAGCCAAACUUCCAGACCCUUUCUUUUCCUUGUUUAUUAUGGCCAGUUCUGCUUGUAUAUUGGCUAUUUCAUUUCUAGCAUUAGUUUUCUUUCUUGCCUUCGCAUCUGAUCAGAGUCCUAUUCAAGAUUUCUGUGUAGCAAAUAAUGGAAGCACGGUGUUACUAAAUGGACUAACCUGCAAGGACCCAAAGGAAGUUGUAGCUGAUGACUUUUCCUUCAGCGGCCUUCACCUUGCAGCUAACACAUCAAAUGCACUGGGGUGUCAUGUGACUCCAGUUACUCCAUCAGAAAUGCCAGGACUCAACACUCUUGGCCUCUCCAUCGUUAGAAUAGACUAUGCACCACAAGGCAUCAACCCUCUACACACACAUCCUCGAGCUUCCGAGAUAUUGAUCGUCUUGGAAGGCAGCUUAGAAGUCGGAUUCAUCACAUCAUUUCCUGAAAAUCGACAUAUAGGGAAAGUGUUACAAAAGGGAGAUGCAUUUGUCUUCCCUGUUGGUCUUGUUCACUACCAGAGAAAUCCAGGUCCUACCAAUGCAGUUGCUAUUGCUGCUCUUAGCAGCCAGAACCCUGGAGUGAUCAUAGUUGCAAAUGCAGUAUUUGGGUCUAUUCCAAAUAUUUCCAGUAACAUUAUAGAGAAAUCUUUUCAAAUCAAUAAAAAGGCUAUUGGCUACCUUCAAACUAAGUUCUAGAUUAGAAAGCUACAAAUCAGAAUGACAGAAGAGUUGAUAAAUGAAAUUGUUCUAAAGAAUCAUUUACUUCUGCUAGUUUGUCAUAUGCAGUCCAGGCAUUGAAUUUUUCUAAAAGAAAUAUCAUUUGCAGUUCAAGU